AUAGUGCUGANGAAGCAGCGACACGGGAAUGGAUCGAACGGCAGGAACAAUUGGGCAAUUCUGGAAUAGAAGAUGAUAUAUCUUCAUUGGCAGAUUCGUCCAUCAUAUCCAGCAGUGAUGGCGAUUACGAAACUGAAGCAGAAGCUGAUUUCGACUCAACAAACAACAAUUUAACGACCAAAGUAUUAGGCACGCAGUACACUCCUACGGAUAUGGCUGUGGUCAUAGAAAAUCUACGUGAACUACUCAAUUCAAUAAAUAGCGUGCAAACUUUGGAGAAUGUGCACAUAGAGAACUCGUCAAAUGUAAGAAUCGGCAAUGUCACAAAUAUUAACGGCAACAUACAGAUUAUACAACGUAUUAAGAAGCGCUUGCCUGAAAUAUCACGACAAACUUCCACUGCAUCAGUAGCCACACGGGGAAAUGCAAGUGAAUCGCUCUUAACGGAGGAAAGUGAAGAACAAGAGGAGC